UUUUAGUCAAGGAACCAUUUAUGUAACGGUAGGGUUUAAGCACAGAACACACUUCAUCACUUUCUUCAGCCUCUAAACCCUUAACCACCACCAUGAACUACCGCUUCCAAAACCUUCUCGGAGCACCAUACCGAGGCGGAAACGCCGUCGUUUCCAACAACACUCUCUUAAUCUCCCCAAUCGGCAACCGCAUCUCCGUCACCGACCUCCUCAAAUCCGAAACCCUAACCCUACCAUUCCAAUCUUCAUCCAACAUCUCCAGAAUCGCCGCCUCACCGGACGGCGUUUUCCUCAUCGCCGUCGACGACAACGGCCGCUGCCAGUUCAUCAACCUCCGCCGCCGCGCUGUGCUCCACCGGAUGCAGUUUAAGAAGCCUGUUUCCUGCAUCAAGUUCAGCCCUAACGGAGAGUUUAUUGCCGUUGGUGCUGGUAAGUUAGUCGAGAUUUGGAGGUCUCCAGGGUUUAGGAAGGAGUUUUUUCCGUUUGAAUUGGUGAGAACUUUUGCUAAUUGUAAUAAUAAAGUUACUUGUGUUGAUUGGAGUCCUGAUUCGAAGUAUUUGUUAGCCGGUUCGAAGGAUUUAACCGUUAGGUUGUUUAGUUUGAAGAAAGUUAGGGGUGAGGUUAGUAGUAAGAGUAAGCCUUUUAUGUUUUUAGGUCAUAGAGAAGCGAUAGUGGGAGCGUUUUUCGGAGUCGAUAAGAAAACGAAUGCGGUUGAUAAGGUUUAUACGUUGUCGCGGGACGGGGCGAUUUUUGGGUGGAGGUAUGUUGAUGAGAAACUUGACGAACCGGAAUCUCCGGGUACGCCUGAACGAAUGGAAGUGGAUGGAAUAAGUGACGUGAAGAAACGGAAGAAUGUUGAUGUUGACGAUGAACGAAAUGGUGGUUUUGAAUUGCAUAAAGGAAAGUGGGAAUUGGUGAAGAAGGACUUUUUUAUGCAGGCCCCUGCGAAGUUAACGGCUUGUGAUUAUCAUAAAGGGUUGGAGCUUGUGGUGGUGGGGUUUUCGAGUGGGGUGUUUGGGUUGUAUCAGAUGCCGGAUUUUGUUUGUAUACACUUGUUGUCGGUGUCGAGAGAGAAGAUUACGACGGCUAGUUUUAAUGAGCUUGGGAAUUGGUUGACUUUCGGGUGUGCGAAGCUUGGACAGUUGCUUGUUUGGGAGUGGAAAUCGGAGAGUUAUAUUUUGAAGCAACAGGGGCAUUAUUUUGAUGUUAAUACGAUUGCGUAUUCGCCUGAUUCGCAGCUUUUAGCUACUGGUGCGGAUGAUAACAAAAUCAAGGUUUGGAACGUGUCAUCAGGAUUUUGUUUUGUGACAUUUUCCGAGCAUACGAAUGCAGUCACCGCACUUCAUUUCAUGGCUAGCAACCAUUGUUUACUGAGUGCAUCUUUAGAUGGCACGGUUCGUGCAUGGGAUCUGUUCCGUUAUAGAAAUUUUAGGACGUUUACAACCCCGUCAUCUCGACAGUUUGUUUCUUUGGCAUCGGAUCAAAGUGGUGAAGUAAUUUGUGCUGGAACACUUGAUUCGUUUGAGAUUUUUGUUUGGUCGAUGAAAACGGGUCGGUUGUUGGAUGUUCUUAGCGGUCAUGAAGGUCCAGUUCACGGAUUGAUGUUUUCUCCUACAAAUGCAAUUCUGGCAUCAUCUUCAUGGGACAGAACCGUCCGAUUAUGGGACGUUUUCGAUGGAAAAGGUUCAGUCGAAACAUUUCCACACACUCACGAUGUUCUUACUGUCGUUUAUCGUCCAGACGGCAAGCAACUGGCUUGUAGCACAUUAGACGGCCAAAUUCAUUUCUGGGAUCCAAUCGACGGGCUGUUAAUGUACACCAUUGAGGGGCGGCGCGACAUUGCUGGCGGGCGGUUGAUGACCGACCGUAGAACAGCUGCCAAUUCCACUUCCGGAAAAUGUUUCACUACUCUGUCGUAUUCUGCCGAUGGGAAUUAUAUAUUAGCUGGUGGAAGUAGUAGAUACAUUUGUAUGUAUGAUGUUGCUGAUCAGGUAUUGCUUCGCAAAUUCCAAAUAACGCUAAAUCUAUCGCUAGAUGGAGUUCUCGACGUAUUAAACUCAAAGAACAUGACGGAUGCGGGCCCAUUAAAUCUGAUUGAUGACGAUAAUAGUGACGUGGAUGAUGGUGUUGACAAACAAACACGGGUCAACUCAUCUUACGAUCUACCAGGGUCAAUGCAGAACCGUGGCAGGCCUAUAGCUAGAACAAAAUGUUUACGAAUUGCACCCACGGGCCGCAGUUGGGCUGCUGCGACAACUGAAGGGGUUUUGGUUUAUUCAAUGGAUGAUAAUUUCAUAUUUGACCCCACGGAUCUUGAUAUUGAUGUUACACCCGAGGCAAUUGAAGCAGCUCUCGGUGAAAAUCAACCAAGCAGAGCGUUAAUCCUUAGUUUACGGUUAAACGAAGACAAUUUAAUAAAAAAGUGCAUCGUUGCUGUGGCUCCAGUGGACAUUAAAGCCGUUGUUGCAUCAAUCCCUUUUAAAUAUUUAAAUCGAUUGAUUCAGACUUUUGCUGAGCUUCUGGAAAACUGCCCUCAUUUGGAAUUCAUUCUUCGGUGGUGUCAGGAGCUUUCUAAAUGCCACGGUCAUUCGAUUCAGCAAAACUCGAGGAAUUUGCUUCCGGCUUUGAAAUCAUUGCAGAAAGCGAUUACAAGAUUACAUCAAGAUUUAGGCGAUACGUGUUCUUCCAACGAGUAUAUGCUACGAUAUCUAUGUUCUACAACCUCCAAACCAUGAUGACUUAUGAACACACUUUAUGUUGUUGCCAUUUGUUUUUAAAAUAGCAAUUUUGUUUUGUUACCAAUUUGUGUAGGCUAUGUGUACUGCUAUAAAGGUUAUCAUUGAGGGAUUUUGAUAUUUGUGCUUACUUUGAACAUGGAUGUGAAAUGAAAAUUUUGAAGCAAA